AUGGCCCCCGUUACCCGCACUCUCGGUAAAAACGGUCCCUCUGUGCCAGCAAUAGGCUUUGGUCUUAUGAGCAUUGGCGGUGUAUAUGGUGCUGUCCCAAGCAACGAAGAACGAAGCGCUUUGCUAGACCAUGCACAUGCCAUUGGUGAGCGCUUCUGGGAUACUGCAGACAUCUACGCCGACUCGGAAGAUGCCGUUGGUCUGUGGGUGAAGCAAAACCCAGAAAAACGGAAAGACAUCUUUCUGGCCACAAAAUUCGGUAUCCAAUUUGACCCGGCUACUUUCACGCAGACUUUGCGCUCCGAUCCUGAGUAUAUCAAAGAAGCCUGUGAAAGAAGCUUGAAGAGGUUGAAUACAGACUAUAUCGAUUUGUACUAUUGCCAUCGUGUCGAUGGAAAAACACCUAUUGAGAAGACUGUCGAGGCUUUGGUUGAAUUGAAAAAUCAAGGAAAGAUACGCCAUCUCGGUCUCAGUGAGGUUUCUGCUUCAACGCUUCGUCGUGCGCAUGCAGUCCACCCCAUAGCCGCUGUCCAAGUAGAGUACAGCCCAAUUGCAAUCGAGAUUGAAGAUCCAAAAAUUGGGUUGCUCCAAACCGCCCGAGAACUGGGAGUUGCUAUUGUGGCCUACAGUCCCAUGGGUCGCGGGGUCAUCAGCGGUGGUUACAAGACGGCUGAAGAGGUUCAUGCCAAAGACCCUUUCCUGGCUAUGCUCCCACGUUUCUCGAAAGAAAACUAUGCCAAGAUCCUGGCCAUGAUCACGACGUUUGAGCGAGUAGCAAAGGAGAAAGGAUGCACGACAGGUCAGUUGGCUAUGGCAUGGGUUUUGAAUCGUGGUGAAGACGUGUUUGUCAUUCCAGGUACAAGAAAGAUCAAGUACCUAGAAGAGAAUUUCGCCACGCAACAUAUUACCCUGACUCCAGAGGAAGACAAGACUUUGUCGGACAUUAUUUAUGCGACUAAAUUCGAAGGAGGCAGAUAUCCCGAAGGUUUCCCGGAAGGCUAUGAGUUUGGUGAUACUCCAGCUCUUUGA